UUGAUGUAUAAAUGAUCUCUAUUUAAUCCUCUGAGACUAAUGGGUUGCCCAUUCCAGAGAUGGGGGUAAAAAGAUAGAAAUAGCCGGGCAGUGGUGGUGCACGCCUUUAAUCCCAGCACUUGGGAGGCAGAGGCAGGUGGAUGAUCUCUGAGUCCAGCUGGUUUACAUAGGGAAUCCUAGGACAACCAAAGCUACAUAGUGAAACCCUGUCUUAAUUAAAAGAAAAAAAAAAAAAAGAAGUCCUCCGUGCCCUAGCGACCAGCUGGUGCCUGUUCUAACACUUAUCAGCUUGCACUGCAAGCGAUUGUUUGCAAAGCAAAGCUGUUUUCUGCUUUUUAAAAACAUUGUCCUCCAGGAUUAGCUGGUUCCUGGCAAACAACUGAAAUCCCAAACCUGCCCGAGUGAAUGAAUGAAAGACCGAAUCCGGUCACUUCUCUUCGGUGCUUCACAUCUCAGCAGAGCUCCAAUCAAAUACAAUUUGGAAGACUCUAGGUUUCUACUGCAGGGCUCAGCUUUCCUCCUAAGGCCUCCGAGUCACUGGUCGUGCCAGGGUAUACUGUAGGGUGGUUGCAUCCGGAAGAGGGGGAGGAAUGCCCCAAUGCCAUAGUUAAUCUAGGCUUGGGAUGGAAAACAAGGUUGAAGUUACUUAUUAGCAGGUUAAAGGGUCAAGGGUCGAGGCAAGGGGGCUGGAGGCCUCGUGGACUGAGCGGCCAGCAGAGAACAGUUAAGGCAGAGGUCCCCUCAACUGCAGAGCACCCACUCUCCUCCCGAGAUGUUCCACCAAGUUUGGGCGGCUCUGCUGUAUCUCUAUGGCCUUCUGUUUAACUCCAUGAAUCAGUGCCCUGAGCACAGUCAACUGACAACACUGAAAACGAACGACAUAGAGACCCCGGAGCCCCACCUGGGCCUGUGGUACUUUAUUGCGGGAGCAGCCCCCACCAUGGAAGAGUUGGCAACUUUUAACCUGGUGGACAAUAUUGUCUUCAACAUGGCUGCCGGCUCUGCCCCAAGGCAGCUCCAGCUUCGAGCUACCAUCCGCUUGAAAAACGGGGUCUGUGUGCCCCGGAAAUGGACAUAUCGUUUGACUGAAGGGAAAGGAAACACAGAACUCAGAACUGAAGGACGCCCAGACAUGAAAACAGACCUCUUCUCCAGCUCGUGUCCAGGAGGAAUCAUGCUGAAAGAGAUGGGCCAGGGUUACCAGCGCUUUCUGCUCUACAAUCGAUCACCACACCCUCCAGAGAAGUGUGUGGAGGAAUUCCAGUCUCUGACCUCUUGCCUGGACUUCAGAGCCUUCUUAGUGACUCCCAGGGAUCAAGAGGCCUGCCCACUGUCCAGCAAGUGACCAGUGACUUCACCCGCAUCCUAGAUGGACAAGAUAGGAACUGAGCUGAGGGGAGAAGCCGGAGACUCCUGCUCCCUCUCGUGGAUAAUAAAGAUGAUUUGUCGAUCCUCA